AUGGAGCUCGCAGUUAUGGAAAAUUCUGAAGCUCUUUUCGAAUCUAAUUCUGGAAUUUUAAGUACAUUGAUGUCAGAACUGAAUAAGGAAGUAAGUCUUUUUGUUGAAGGGUCAGAAUCUAUGUUAAUGAUGAAGGAAGUUAAAAAUGAAGACGAAGCUUAUGAUUUGUAUAAUGAAUAUGCUUUUAGUAAAGGUUUUGGUAUUAGGGUUGGGAAAGGUCGGAAGCGUCAAAACAGUGAAUUUUAUACUAUGAAACGGUUCUUGUGUAGCUGCGAAGGGGUUAAAGAUGAAAAAAGGAAGAGAACAAGGUCUUAUGCUAGAUUGGAUACGCGUACUGGGUGUACUGCUUUUGUUCAGUUUUCUAUUGGUAAAGAUGGUGUAUGGACGGUUGUGAAUCAUAAUAUGAUUCAUAAUCAUGCUAUGGUUCCUCUAAAUUAUGAAUAUAGUAGUUGA